AUGGAGGAACCUGUGACUACGGUGGAGGUACGGGCUCCGGCCACGACCGCUAAUCUCGGUCCUGGCUACGACUGCCUGGGCAUGGCCCUGGACUUGUGGAACACGCUGACCGUGGAGGUUCUCCCCGCCGGCUCCGAACCCGCCGUGGUUGUUUUGGGCGAAGGCGCCGGUGAGUUGGAGGCGGACGCCCAAAACCUGACCUACCGCGCCAUGGAAUUUUUGUUCAACGAAGCCGACGUUCCUCUCCCCCCGUUGUCACUUCGCUGCAAUAACUCGAUUCCGCUGAGCCGUGGCAUGGGCAGCAGUGCGGCGGCCAUUUCCGGCGGCCUCGUGGCAGCCAAUUGGCUCCUUGACAAUGUGUUCAGCCAGGACGAUCUGCUGGAAAUGGCCGCGACCAUCGAAGGCCAUCCCGAUAAUGUUGCUGCCGCGAUCCAUGGCGGCAUGAGGCUGGUGGUGAUGAACGACGACCGCCUGUACACCGCUCCUAUCCGGGUUCCGGCGGACAUGCAGGCCGUCCUGUUCAUCCCGGAACGGCGAAUUGCUACCGCGGAUGCUCGGCGGGUUUUGCCGGAUCAAAUACCCAUCGCCGACGCGGUGUACAAUAUGAGCCGCACCGCGUUGCUUGUGGCGAGUAUGGAGUCCGAUCGUCCCGAAUACCUGAACAUCGCCACCCAGGAUCGUCUCCACCAGCCCUAUCGGCAGACUAUUUUCCCGCAAAUGAAGGUCAUUUUUGCUGCUGCCCAAGCUGCCGGCGCCUUGGGGGUUUUCCUCUCCGGGAGUGGUAGCACCAUUUUGGCCUUGACGCGCGAUCGUGCGAUGACGGUCGCCUAUGAAAUGUUCGACGCCGCCCGGCUCGCCGGCGUCGACGGGCGCGUGGAAGUCACCCAGCCGACUGACCUCGGGGCACAUUUCAUUGACGUGCCCGGAAAUGAAUCGCAGGACGCCGCCUAA